CGCUAAUGUAAAAAUCGGCCUGAAAAAGCUCACUCCUCGUUUGUUUGUGCGCGCUAUUCAAAUAUUCAAUUUUAAUUCGAUGGAAGCGUAUCGGCACUUCAUUUCAAGUUAUGAAAGAAGUGCGAUGUGAUUUACCGGAAUGAUGGAUAAAUAUCCGUGGAUGAUUGGGUGUUUAAUUUUUGUGUUUUUGUUCAUUCAAAGCGGGAUUUGUAUCAAGUGGUUAUCCCUUCAACAUUCGAAUCUUCACUGGAACCUAACAUCCUUGAACAACAAUCCAGGACGCGGCAUCAGAUCGGGAGUUCGUUCUCCAUGUGCGGUGGCGAAACGGAGGUAUGGCUUCAUAAAAGUGCAGGCGAAGCUUUGCCGGAACGCCAUGGAGGCCAUGCCGCACGUUCAGACGGCAGCCAUGCUUGCCGCAGACACCUGCAGGAUCGUCUUCAAGGAUAGGAGAUGGAACUGUUCGUCGAUCACUACAGCGCCUUAUCUGACUCCAGAUUUGACAAGAGCUACAAGAGAGCAAGCAUUCGUCUACGCAAUAAGCUCGGCAGCUUUAACCUACACAAUGGCGCGCGCAUGCGCAAGUGGCUCAUUAUAUCACUGCUCAUGCGCGACUAAACCAACGGAACCUCCCGAGGGUACUUUUCAAUGGGGAGGUUGUGGGGAUAACCUCAAGUGGGGUGCGCAUUUUGCGAAGAGGUUUAUAGACAACGCAGAAAAAUACGUGGCGGAGAAGGCCAAAAAGAAUGUGAAAAGAGAUAAUAGUUUGGAGGAAAAUAGGGAGGCUAUUUUGAAAAAUGAGGUGGCUGUUAUUAAUUUGCAUAAUAAUAAAGUGGGAAGAAAGGUUAUUUUAGAGGGGUUAAGGAUCCAGUGCAAGUGCCAUGGCGUUUCCGGUUCCUGCAACAUCAAAACUUGCUGGAAGGCACUUCCUUCCAUAGCAGAAGUGGGCACCAGGCUUUUGCAAAAGUACACCAACGCCAAAGAGAUUGAAACCAAGGCAUACGAACAGCAUAUCGCUACGUUAAAACCCAAGAAAAUAUCGGAUCAACUCUUGUUUAUAUCAAAAAGUCCUGAUUAUUGCACCAAAGAUGAAAGACUUGGUAGUUUGGGAACCGUUGGAAGGCAAUGCAACGUAACGUCAAACGGGCCAAACAGUUGCCGGCAACUCUGCUGCGGAAGAGGGUAUAGAACGGUAGUGGAGGAGAAAAUUGAAAGAUGCCAGUGCAAAUAUUACAACUGCUGCUACGUUAAAUGUAAAGUCUGCAGGACUAUGACACAAAGAUAUGAAUGCAGCUAAAUGAUGUAAGGCUUGUAUUGAUGUUAAAAUUGGGUAAUAAAUUCAAAAUUUGUUUAUGUCGCAAAUAACACAGAUUAAAACGAUAUUGUAAUUGUAAGUUACAACUGGCUCUUGACAUAUCAAAUCGACCAGGGAAAAAGGG